AUGCAUCGUGCUGAUUCUGCAUUUUCUGUGUUAGCCAUUCACUUGAAGAAUGACAUUCCAUUUGAUGUUGUAACUUUUACGACCCUAAUUAGGGGAUUAUUUGCUGAAAAUAAGGUCAAAGAUGCGGUUGAAUUGUUCAAGAAGUUGGGGAACGCUAAGCCCAACGUAUAUACCUACAGCAUUGUUAUAGAUGCCCUUUGUAAAGAUGGAAACUUAGAUAUUGCUAUCAACCUUUUGAACGUGAUGAAGAUGAAAGGCAUUCCUCCAGACAUAGUCACAUAUGGUUCAUUGAUUGAUGGUUGGUGUAAGCUUAGUCAGUGGGAGAAGGUUAGGUCUUUGUUCUCUGAGAUGGUGAACCUUAAUAUUUAUCCAGAUGUGCGCACCUUCACCAUGGUGAUAGAUGGACUAUGCAAAGAAGGAAAAGUCGAAGAUGCCGAGGAAUUAAUGAAACACAUGGUCGAAAACGGUGCAGAGCCUAAUAUAUUCACCUACAAUGCAAUAAUGGAUGGAUAUUGUUUGUGUGGACAACUGAAUAGAGCGAAGAGGGUUUUUGAUUCCAUGAAAGACCAGAACAUUGAACGUGACAUUAUUAGCUAUAACAUAUUAAUAAAUGGAUACCGUAGGGAAAAGAAAAUGGAUGAGGCCAUGCAAUUGCUUGGUGAAAUUUCUCAAAAGGGAACAAAACCUGAUAUCUUUACGUACAAUACUAUUUUGCAAGGUUUAUUUGAAGUUGGAAGAAUUGGCGAUGCAAAAAAGAUUUAUGCCGAGAUGCUAUCUGCGGAGUCUGUACCUGAUUUAUACACUUAG